AUGAGCACCUGUGCUGAAUCUAGCCCUAUUGUGGUGUUCUAUCUGGUUGGAUUUGGAGAUGGAUUUGGACAUGAACUGGAAGUUUCACACACAGGUAUUGCCAAGUCUCAAGGUUUGUCAUUGUGUGCCUGUCUGAUGAAAGGGCCUAAUGCCUCCCAUAUGAAGGCAGAUUUAAGAGAGAGUGUAAAUGACAUGGCAAGUUUCAGGCUUUUUGUGAUAAGGUUUGGUGGAAUUGCAAAGAGGAAAGAAGGUUACAAAUGA